AUGGGCACAGGCGGGGGACCCCGGGCUGCUGAGCCCCCCGGCUGUGCGGGACCCCCCGGCUGCACCGUCCCCACCAUGUUCCGGCAGCAGCGGCCCCGCGCAGCCGUGACAGAGACAGAUGAGCCCCGGCACCCCCGCACCCCACUGCCGGCUGAGGGGCCAUGCCCGGCGUCCUGGAACGUGGUGGGCACUGGCAUGGGCACCGUGGGGACACGUGUGGCACGGGGGGGCGUCCGUGGCUCCUCCUCCUCCUCCUCCCGGUAUCCCGGGGCUUUAAGGCGGUGGAACGGGAAUCGCGGGGCUGGGGGGGGGGGGGGGGAGGCGGCCGGUUCCCCCCCGCUGCCCGCCGCGGUCGGCGGCCACCGGCGGAGCCCCCUGGACCGGCUCCCGCCCCCCGCCAACACCACAAAACCGCUGACCCCCUUCGGCAUCGAGGACAUCCUUGGACGUCCCCGCGGCGGGAGCCCCCCCGGGACCGGGACCGGUCCCGCCGCCCCCCCCGCCCCGACAGGGCCCCGCGGAGGCGGCGGCGGCUGCGCCCCGGCCUCGCCGCUCUGGGCGCUGGAGGAACUCGCCAGUAAAACCUUCCAGGGGCUGGAGCUGGGAAUGCUGCAGGCGGCCGGAGGUCCGUCCCCGCCGGGCGCCCCGGGCCCGCGCCCUCCGUGCAGGAAGCGUCGCAAGUCCCGGACCGCGUUCACGGCGCAGCAGCUGCGGGAGCUGGAGCAGCGAUUCCGGCGGCAGCGCUACCUCUCCCCGGUGGACCGGGACGCGCUGGCGGCGCGGCUGGCGCUCUCCGCCGCCCAGGUCAUCACCUGGUUCCAGAACCGCCGCGCCAAGCUCAAGCGGGACCUGGAGGAGCUGCGGGCGGACGUGGCCUCGCUGCAAGCGCUGCCCCCCGCCGCCCUGCAGCAGCUGGCGGGGCUGCCCGAACCCCCGGGGGCUCCCGGUACCGGCACCGGGACAGCAGAGCCCGCCGAGCUCUCGGAGGAGGAGAUCGACGUGGCGGACUGA